AUGGGUUGUACACUGCAAAGAGGUUCAAAAGAAAAUUUAAAAGGUGUUGAAUGGAUGUGGCAAUCAAACCAAAAUCCAUGGACAAAAUCAGAACCUGCCGAAUGGAGUCAUUUUUCAGAUCUGGAAAAUCUAAUUAUUGAAGAUGCAUUCACAGAUAAAAAACCAAGAGUCCUUUUAGAUGAUUAUUACGUUGAUUUUCAAAAUUAUCUUCAAGUAUUCAACACUGAUAAUCAAAAACAAAGACUUGUUAAACGAGUCGAAAGUAAGCGAGAAUAUAGACCUUUAACAGAAGCACGUCUUACGGAUCUUCCUACUACUUCGACACGUUCGUUCGGCGGUCAAUAUGGUUGGAUAUCACCGUUUGUAGUUGAAGUUCGAAGAGAUUUGGAUCUUAAACAUGAUGAAUUACCUUCGAGAGACUCAAAUAUGAUUCCAAUGCUUGUUGAAAAAGCUGCUUGUGGUAUAAUUGAAGAAGGAAAAUAUCUUGGAAAAGAACGAGAAGCUGAAAAAAUGGCUAAUAUGCUCAGAGAAAAAAAGAACGAAAACAUAAAAGAAGUAUGGAAAUGUUGUGCUUAUCUUUAUACUUUGGAAAGUUUUCUUUACGGAAGUUUAAAUGCAGCUAUGAGAUUAGUAGGAGACAAAGAUCAGGAAGAUGUAUGGAGACGUAAAAUUCGUACAUUGGGUCCAUUUUGUUUACUACUUUGGGAUGAUCCAAUUAAUAUAAAAGUGAAAUCUGGUACGACACUUUACCGAGGAGCUGAAUUGAACCCUAAACAAAUCGCUGCCUAUGAAGAAAUGGUCAAGAAUCACGACGAAAGUCGAUCAUUUCAAGCUUUUUCAUCGUGCAGUCGAAAUCGUCAACAAUCAGAAAAAUUCGGUAAUACUUUAUUCAUCAUGAAAGUAUGCGGUGCUUUUACUGCUGAUCUUUGUGGAUUAUCUGAAUAUUCUAAUGAAGAAGAAGAACUUAUUACACCAGGUGUUUGUUUCUUUGUUACAAAAAUUAAAUUUGAUCGCAAGAAAAAAAAACAUUUGAUUCACUUAUCCCUUUUUCAAAGCUCGUCUGGUAAGUUGAAAAAAGCUUAUUCUAAGGUCUUUUAA